UCCGUUUCCGCCCAUGCUUUCCCUUCAGUUGCAUCAUUUCCGCGUUGUGACUCCUUCUUCUUUCUCGGCAUCCCGGCUGAAACCGCCGCGUGCAUCAUGGUGGAACCCGUGCCUGAGUCGAUCCACUUUCCCUCGGAGGAGGAACAUGUUCUCCAGUUCUGGACUGAGAAGGACUGCUUCCAGGAGUGUCUGAAACAAUCCAAAAACAGGCCCAAGUACGCGUUCUAUGAUGGACCGCCCUUUGCGACUGGUCUCCCACAUUAUGGCCACAUUCUGGCUGGCACUAUAAAGGACAUCGUCACCAGGUUCGCUCACCAGAGUGGGUUCCACGUGGACAGGAGGUUUGGCUGGGAUUGCCAUGGCUUGCCUGUGGAAUAUGAGAUUGAUAAAACACUGGGGAUUAAAGGUCCGGAGGAUGUUGCUAAGAUGGGGAUAGCAGAGUACAACAAGCAGUGCAGGAGUAUCGUGAUGAGAUAUGCCAAUGAGUGGGAGGUUUCUGUGAAGAGAAUGGGCCGUUGGAUCGACUUUAAGAACGAUUACAAGACCCUCUACCCGUGGUUCAUGGAGACUGUAUGGUGGGUGUUUAAGCAGCUCUAUGAUAAAGGUCUGGUGUACAGAGGAGUGAAGGUCAUGCCAUUCUCCACAGCCUGUAACACACCGCUGUCCAACUUCGAGUCACACCAGAACUACAAGGAUGUUCAGGAUCCAUCCGUCAUCGUGAACUUCCCUUUGCUGGAGGACGAGAGCGUGUGCCUGAUUGCCUGGACCACCACGCCAUGGACUCUGCCCAGUAACCUGGCACUGUGUGUAAAUCCUGAGUUAAUCUACGUCAAGGUCAAAGAUAAUACCACUGAUAAAGUGUACAUCAUGAUGGAGGCCAGGCUCGGGGCACUGUUCAAAUCGGAGGGUGAAUACACCAUCCUGGAAAAGUUUCCUGGCAAGACUCUGAAGGGAAAACAAUACAAACCUCUUUUUGAAUACUUCAUCAAGUGUAGAGAGAAUGGAGCCUUUUCUGUCGUGCUGGAUAACUACGUCCGUGAGGAGGAGGGUACUGGAGUGGUUCAUCAGGCGCCCUACUUUGGAGCUGAUGAUUACCGCGUGUGUAUGGAGUAUAAUAUCAUCCAGAAAGACUCUGCACCAAUCUGCCCUGUGGAUUCAUCAGGCUGCUUCACCCCAGAGGUCACACACUUCUCCGGCCAGUAUGUGAAGGAUGCAGACAAAAACAUCAUUAAGUGUCUGAAAGAGAAUGGACGGCUGGUCAACGCAAGCAAUUUUAAGCACAGCUACCCUUUCUGCUGGAGGUCUGAUACCCCGCUGAUCUACAAGGCAGUGCCGAGCUGGUUUGUGAGAGUCGAAAACAUGGUGGAUAAACUUCUGGAAAACAACAGCAAAUGCUACUGGGUUCCUGAGUUUGUGCGGGAGAAGCGUUUUGGUAACUGGCUGAGAGAUGCUAGAGACUGGGCCAUCUCUCGUAACCGCUACUGGGGGACGCCAAUUCCUCUGUGGGUCAGCGAUGACUAUGAGGAGGUGGUGUGUGUGGGCUCCAUUGCGGAGCUGGAGCAGCUGACUGGAGUGAAGGUUACAGAUCUGCACAGAGAAACCAUAGACUGUUUAACUAUUCCAUCCCGCUGUGGGAAAGGCGAGCUCAGGAGGGUCUCGGAGGUCUUCGACUGCUGGUUUGAGAGCGGCAGCAUGCCCUACGCCCAAGUGCACUACCCUUUCGAGAACAGGCGCGAGUUUGAGGACACUUUUCCAGCAGACUUCAUCGCAGAGGGCAUCGAUCAGACCAGAGGAUGGUUCUACACGUUGCUCGUGCUCUCAACCGCACUCUUCGGUAAGCCUCCAUUCAAGAACGUGAUCGUCAACGGCCUCGUCCUCGCAAGCGACGGCCAGAAGAUGAGCAAGCGAAAGAAGAACUACCCCGACCCGAGCGUGAUCGUACAGAGCUACGGCGCAGACGCACUCAGGCUGUACCUAAUCAACUCUCCGGUGGUCCGAGCAGAAAACCUGCGCUUUAAAGAGGAAGGAGUGAGGGACGUGCUCAAAGAUGUGUUCCUCCCCUGGUACAAUGCUUACCGCUUCCUCGUGCAAAAUGUCCUAAGGCUACAAAAGGAAGAGGACAUCAAGUUCCUGUAUAAUGAGAACACGGCCAAGCCUAGCGACAACAUCAUGGACAAGUGGAUCCAGUCCUUCACGCAGUCGCUCAUUCAGUUCUUUAAAGCCGAGAUGGAAGCCUACAGGUUGUACACCGUUGUGCCUAAGCUGGUGAAGUUUGUGGACAUGCUGACUAAUUGGUACGUGAGGACGAACCGCAGGCGUCUGAAGGGUGAGAGUGGAACUGAAGACUGUGUCUGGGCUCUGGAGACACUCUUUAGUGUGCUGUUCUCCAUGUGCAGACUGAUGGCUCCCUUCACGCCAUUCAUCACCGAGCUGAUGUACCAGAACCUGUGUCAUCUGAUCGACCCCGCGUCAGUAGAGGAGAAAGACACGGCCAGCAUUCACUACCUGAUGCUCCCUCAUGUCAGAGAGUCACUGAUUGACAAGCGCAUCGAGAGUGCCGUUUCCCACAUGCAGUCCGUCAUCGAGCUGGGCCGAGUGAUCCGAGACAGGAAAACUCUCCCUGUCAAGUAUCCCCUCAGGGAGGUGGUGGUCAUCCAUCAGGACCCCGAGGCUCUUGAAGACAUUCAGUCCCUGCAGAAAUACAUUCUAGAGGAGCUGAAUGUGCGCCAGCUCACCCUCUCCACAGAUAAAGAUAAAUACGGCAUCCGGCUGCGGGCCGAGCCUGACCACAUGGUGCUCGGAAAGAGGCUGAAAGGAGCGUUCAAAUCAGUCACGGCCGCCAUCAAGGAACUGAAGAGCGAACAGCUGGAAGCCUUCCAAAAAACGGGCUCUAUCAUAGUGGACGGACAUGAGCUGCACGAGGAAGAUUUGCGGCUGAUGUACACCUUUGAUCAGAAAUCAGGCACACAAUAUGAAGCGCAUUCAGAUGGACAGCUCUUGGUGCUGUUAGACAUCACUCCUGAUCAAUCGAUGGUGGAUGAAGGCGUGGCUCGAGAAGUUAUAAACCGCAUUCAGAAACUGCGCAAGAAGGGUCAUCUGGUCCCGUCUGACGAGAUCACCGUGUACUACACCUCAGAGCCUGCAGGUGAUUACCUUGACAAAGUGAUCCAUGCUCAUUCAGACUUCAUCUUCGCCACUACGAAAGCCCCCCUGAAGCCUUAUCCCGUUCCCAAAAACGCCAGUGUGAUCGUCCAAGAGAAAACUCAGUUGAAGGGUUCUGACCUGGAUUUGACCAUCGUUAGGGGAGCAGUGGUGUCCAGAGCGCCACUCACUGGCCCUGCAUGCGCUUACGUCAACCUCCAUGUCAAUCUCGACAAUAAACACCAAGAGGGAAUGGUUCUGCUGGAAAAUCCCAAGGGAGACAACAGACUGGACAUAGAGAAGCUUAAGAUGGUUUGCCGCAGCAUUUUCAAACUCAACAGCGCUCCUUUGGCCGUUUUCAAUGACACAACUGAGCUGAAGAACAGCAGUGAUCUCCUGGCUCUGAGUGGGAAGACUCUGUAUGUGACAUCAGGAGCUCGUCCUGCAGAAAAAAACCUCUCCGACUCACUGCUGUGUCCUUACAUCAACCUACAACUCAUCAACGCAUGUCCUGCAGAGUGCCAGAGGGGUGACGUCGGCACAUUGCUGCUGGCUAAUCCUGCGGGUCAAAAUAGCCUCCAGCCCACGGCCCUGAUCACCGAAACUGCUAAAGUGUUCGGUCUCAGAGGAAGGAAUCUUAAGCUCUAUAUGGAUGAAGAGCUCAAAGAAGAAUUCACAGAGACAUCUCUGAAGAAUCUGAACACGAAGACUCUGUAUGUCCAAGUUCUUCCCACAACUGCAGAAGCAUAGCCACGUUAGCGAAGGAUAAUUUAGCGUCUCAUUUUGUUCUCACCAAUCCGAUCGUUCUGUAAUUUCAUCUACCUUUUAUUCUGUUAUAUAUAAACAUCAUAUUCUCCAUACCUCUUUUACUACAGGCUUUUGGUGUUAGAGCACUUAGUAAAUGAAAAGGAAAACGAGUCAAAUGAUGGCAUUGUCUAAUAAAUGGGUUCUGAACUAAUAAAGAAUGCAAUUGCGCUCUGCAUUUACGAAAGACAA